AUGUGUGUGUGUGCGUGUGUGUGUGUGUGUGUGUGUGUGUGCGUGUGUGUGUGUUGGAGAAGGAAGAGUCGCCUCUCACCAGAAGAGGGCAUUCGGAGAGAGGGAGAGAGAGAGGGAGCUGUAACUCGCUGCUGUUUGGAGUAGAGAGAGGAGGGAGGCAUUGAUUUCCCCAAAACGCUGUUUCUCAACAUGCACACUUAAAGCGAGUGAGUCAGAGGGACCGCGUCCCCGGCACAGCGCAGUGGAAUCUACAGAAUCGCCCCUGGAAGUAGUGCUUUUACAGCGGACCGACCCGGACAGUAUCAGGGAUGCUUCUACAUAUUCGCUUGGGGAGUACCUAAUGGCCGCGAUGGAUGGAUGAUCGUGUGCUGAGAGAUGCUUCAUGGCUGGAAGCGGCUUGCGGGUUUGAGGUACCGGUACGAGCCUCCAAACACUCUCCUUACCUUGGGAGCGCUGAGGCGGGCAAGUGCGCCUUGUGUGUGCUCGUCGGCGGAGCGUCUCGCACGAAUUGGAUUGGGCUUGGAUCGAGUCCCACACAGCAGCGGCGCUUUCAGAGGAGAGUGAGUGUCAUGCGGGCUGCGGAGCCGAACGCAGCAGAGGUAUAGACACGGGGAACGAGCUGAUAUCAGAAUACCAGAGAUGGGAUUCCUGGUGGGGGUUGGGCGUCUGCUCCAGGCGUGGCUCCUCGUGUCUCUGUCCCUGGCGGAGCGGCCAUGCCCGCGGAGUUGCCGCUGCGAUGGGAAGAUCGUGUACUGCGAGUCCAACGCCUUCCGCGACGUUCCAAGCAACGUGUCCGCAGGCUGCCAGGGCCUGUCCCUGCGCUACAACAGCCUGCAGAAGCUGCGUGCCGGCCACUUCUCCAGGCUCCACCAGCUCAUCUGGCUGUACCUGGACCACAACUACAUCACUGUCGUAGACGGAGACGCCUUCCAGGGCACCCGCAGACUCAAAGAGCUGAUCCUGAGCUCCAACAAGAUCUCCCAGCUGAGCAACCGCACCUUCCACGCCGUGACCAACCUGCGCAACCUCGACCUGUCCUACAACAAGCUGCAGACUCUUCAGCCGGAGCAGCUCCGAGGUUUGAGGAAGCUGCUGAGCCUGCACCUGCGCUCCAAUGCCCUCAAGAGCAUUCCCAUCCGAGUGUUCCAGGACUGCCGCAACCUGGAGUUUCUAGACCUGGGCUACAACCGGCUGCGCAGCCUGACCCGCAACGCCUUCGCUGGCCUGCUCAAGCUCACCGAGCUGCACCUGGAGCACAACCAGUUCUCCAAGGUCAACUUUGCCCACUUCCCGCGGCUCUUCAACCUGCGCGCCCUCUACCUGCAGUGGAACCGCAUCCGCUCCCUCAGCCAGGGCCUCUCCUGGACCUGGAGUUCCCUGCAGAAGCUUGACCUCUCUGGGAACGACAUCCAAGCCGUGGAGGCCAGCAUGUUCCAGUGCCUGCCCAACCUCCAAACCCUCAACCUGGACUCCAACAAGCUCAGCAACGUCUCCCAGGAGGCCGUUAACGCCUGGAUCUCUCUGACCACCAUCAGCCUGGCAGGCAACGUCUGGGAGUGCAACCCCAGCCUCUGCCCUCUAGUGGCCUGGCUGCGGAACUUCAAAGGGAACAAGGAGACCACUAUGAUCUGCGCCGGGCCCAAGCUUGUGCAGGGGGAGAAGGUAAUGGAGGCUGUGGACAAUUACAGCAUCUGUAAAGAGACCCCACCCCCAGCCACCGAACGACUACCCCCUGCUGCACAGACCCCAGACAGACCCAGGUUUCUCCCCCAUCCCACUCUGCCCAGGCAGGGGGAGUUCCACAGCUCUCCUCCCAGCCCCUCGCCCUCCACCGGCCAGACCUCAGCCCCCGAGUCGGAGUUUGAACAUGUCUCUUUCCACAAGAUCAUUGCGGGCAGCGUGGCGCUCUUCUUGUCAGUGGCGAUGAUCUUGCUGGUGAUCUACGUGUCGUGGAAACGCUACCCAAGCAGCCUGAAGCAGCUGCAGCAGCGCUCGCUGGUCCGCAAGCGCCGGAAACAGACGCGGGAGGCGGAGCGGCCCCUCAGCUCCCCGCUGCAGGAGUAUUACGUGGACUACAAACCCACGAACUCUGAGACCAUGGAUGUACUUGUCAAUGGGACAGGACCCUGCACCUACACCAUCUCAGGCUCCAGAGAAUGUGAGAUCCCUCACCAGGUGAGCUCGCUAAACUUCUACAGCUAUGAGCAGCCAAUCGUGGAUUACUGCCAGGCUCACCAGCCUCUGCACCUGAACGUGGGCUUCGAGAGCGCCCCCCGCAGGCUGGAGCGGGGCAUGGUGCAGACUGUUCCUCUGUCCCUUACAGAGACCCGGACCCCACCCCAGUGAGAUCCAGCGCUGGGCAGAGAACGCCAAGCCUCUGCUGAGAGGUGUUACUGAUUAGCUUGGAUUCCAGUGGGGAUUGCAGAGCUGUUCAAUCUGUGAGAACAAUGGAACGGAGUAGCAAAGCCUCAUGGCUCAUGCUCUGUAUCCUUUUCUUUUCACUGGGUGUGCGGCCACUGCUGGUAACGCUCCUCUGGACACGGCUUGUUUGUUUUAUUUAUCUGGCUAGGUGUUCGCUAAAAACAAAGUGAACAAACUGCAAAAAAAAAAAAAAGAUGAUCUUGAUCCAAAAAACGAUCUUGUUUUGACUGCUGAAAACAUAUUCAUCUUGUCUAAGUGGAUAAUGAUUUUUUUCUUUGAAUUUUAAAUGGGUUUUUGUUUCUGUGUUGUGUGUGGUUGUGACGAUGCAGCAGUGUGAUGUGACAGUGGGGCAGCUCGUGCUUGAUGACACGGUGUACAGGAGAUGAAGACGUCGUUUUGAAAGGGGUCGUUGGUAACCAGUCGCGUUGUUGUUGAUGGGAAUGUAUUCUAUCAUCGAUCACAAAAUCACUCACGGUUUUCAUUUUUACAAAACAGCAAAAUUAUAAUCAAAGGUAACCAGUAACACCUUCAAAGGGAAGGCAACAUUGGGGUUUUUUGACUUUCUUUGGGACGCAUUCCAGGUGCCGUGCGGAGGGACUUGUACAGACUCCUCACACUCUCCAAAGGGACUUUGGAAUUUCUUGUACAUAGACAGAGAAGCGGACUGCUUUACUUCUACUGAAACAUUUAUCUGACCAGGAGGAGGAGGAGGGGCCUCGCUGGGCUGGAGGCGGGGCCUAUACUGAAUGAAGGAGGAGCCUGAAGAGAGUUUUGAAAAAACAAAAUGAAAUACUGUCCUCCCUUGAAGGCUGUAAAAUCUCUGGUACUAAUGGGGUUUCAUUUACAUGCAAGGGUGUGUUAUCUGUACAAGAAACACUGACGGUUAUUCGCAUCCUUUCCUAUACCAGAAAGAUCUGUUUCCACUGCUAUUAGUACGGCUUUUACUAUUUAAAAUAUCUAUCUGUGACAAAUGCCAGUAAGUAAAAUACUUAUCACAAUUAGAAAUAGUUAUAAUUCAAUUCGUAUACUACUUAAUUAAUCUGGUGGUAAUUAUCCCAAGUGAAUGAAUGCUAGUUUGAAACAAAGUGCUCUAGCUGCAGAUGUUCCUUUAAUACAGUAGUAAUUAUCCCCAAACAAAUGAGGUCAGGUUGAGAGAUAAAGAUAACCGCUCACGUGGGGUUAAUCCCUGUUAAAAGUGCUCUGAUGUCAGAUGAUCAGUAAUUCGUUAUGUUAUUAAUGCUGAUUUACAAGGAGUUCCAUCAUCCGGACGUGACACUUUCCACCCCGGAUCAAGUUUUCAGCUCGUUUUAAUUCCAAUACAUUCCGAAGCCUUAUCCCUGUAUAAACUUUACACAAAUGCAUCCUUACGCUGAGCUCCCUGUUAGGCGAUUCAGUGAAAGUGACAUUGGAAGUGACAUUGCCCUCUGCUGCACAGCAGCGUGCUUCUGAAACACAUCGGAUCCAAAGGCUUUGUGUUGAGUAAUUAGCCAGUUUUAUUCAAUUGCAUUAACACCUAAUGGUUUAAACCGCAUUCAAGGGCAAUAAUCUAAAGAUCUGAAUAUCUGCAAAGCCCUGCUUCAGACUUCAGCUUCCCUCGUGUUUUGAUUCCUCCAUCAGGGAACAGUUUUCUUAUAUCCAGCCUGCCAGCUGCUCUGCUCCAUAUAAUAUAAAACAAUCUUGUUAAUUGCACAGGAAAUGUGAUCACUCUGAGCUCUGAGUGUAGGUGGGCAUUUUACUUUUGGAUGGGUGAAUUGCCUGCUGCUUCCAGUAGGUAUGUAUUGAAUAAAUGACAAAACCAUCUCUAGGUUUUUCCCCGCAACGGAGAGCUGCAAUCAUUCUGAAUGACCCCCCCCCCUCUGCACAGCAACAGUUGAAAUGGAUCCAAAAUGAAUAUAAAAAAUGGAUUGGUUUAAAUUGUAUAGAGGAUGAGUGUAAUUUCAAUUAUCCUCUCCCUCUACAUUCUGGACAACCCCAGCCAGCAAAGUGUCACCAGGGCAAUGAGGAUUCUGUUUGAGAUGCAACUUUCAGGACAAGUCAAUGGGAAUGUCGUCAAUCCUAAUAACUGGCUCAAUCCCUUUUAAAGAUCAAUCUUGCUGUGCUGAUAACAGACGCCCUUGCUUGCCAAUUUAAUAAAUCCCAUUAGAAUCCAAAGGAAGAGCCAGUAAAGGGGAGCGCAGAAUUGAUUUGGAGAUCAAAUGGGCUCUGAUAGAAAAGGAGGUUCUGUGCCAGGAUCACAGGGGCCACAUUGAGUUGAAGUUCUGAGGGAAUCGUCUGAUUGGAGGAUUUUGCAAAUACAGUCUUGUUUGAUUGGUCAAGUGGGAUGAAGUUUGUGGUGGGUGGGGCUAACAUGCCCUAGGAGAGGGGCUGGCUUUGGAAUAUGAUUUUGGAGACUGAUGGUUUUAUUAGUUGAGGGUUUGGUGGUUGAUUUCGUGUGCGGGAUGGGGAAGGUGGGGGGGGGCGAGUUGGUUGAUUCUGAAUUCAGGGUAUAGGAGGGAAUCUCAGAGGGACGUCCCAGGCUGAUAGUACUCCAGAUCUCAACAUGUUCUCAUCACGGUUAGAGUUGAUUAAAAAAAGAGUUCAUGAUUUGGAAACUUCUCUCUGCGUUGGGUUAAGGUCCCUGUUUCUGGAGCUGAAGUGUGUAGCUACACAGGAAAAUACUGAUGACCCGAUACCAUCCUCUGACUGUCCGUAGCAGGGGUGCACGAUUCCGGUCCUCCAGAUCCGGAGCCCUGCUGUAUCCUAAAUUACUAAACUGAACCAAUUAAACCUCCUUCAAGACCUUCAUCAGUGAAUUGCUUAACAAUGCUUAUGAAACCGUGGGGGUUCCAGACCUCAAGGACCGCCCUUGUGCAGCUGUGAUCUAUAGGUUUCUAUGGAAACCGAAUGGAUCAAUCAAAGCAAUCCUAACGCCACUCGACACAGUGAAUACAUUCAUGAAUAUGUCAAUAAGGUAGGUAGGGUUUGAUCUCGUUCUACAGAUUCCCAACGAGGACACAGAAAAAUACAUUUUGCCAAAACACUUGUGUGCUUGACCUUCUUGUAGCUCACCGCUGAGUUUCUGAUUGAGUGUCGAGUUGUGUUUGGUUAUAUCCUCUGGACAUUAGCAGCUCUGACAGAUUUGAGAGACGCUAUAAACGAUCAUUGAAGAAGGACGAGCGACUGGUAAUUUGGAAGAUGUUGAAACAGAACUAAAAAUCAAUCAUUUUUUUUAACUGACAGAUGCAUAUUUCCAGCUUUUCACACGUUCCAGUAUUAUCACAGUAUCACAGGGAGGAGUGAUAUUCUCACCCUGAAGGUGUUUAGACUUUUGCAAUGAAAACCGGGAGAUGUCAAUAAUUAGAACACCCGGGAAACGCUCCGCAGUGAGAUCAUCGUGGCCAGCUGUUUCUAUUUAUAGAUUACAUUUUUUCUUUUUUUUUUCUUUUGACCUGAAGUCUUAAGGACUUGGUUUACGAGAGAAGACAAAGAUCUUGAAAAGCCAAAUCUCACCCCGAGCGAUCGCUGGAUUUGUUUCCGUGAGUCGAGGUAAACGAGGAGAACACAACGUCACAAACACCAGAACGCUGAGCAGAGUUUCUUAUCUGUAUACACAAGCAAACACUGUAGCUAGCAUCUUCACAGUAACCUCUGCAGUUUCAAGAGAGAAGUCUCUGUGUUUAAAAAGCACUGAUUUCAAAACAGAAAGUGGGAGUGCUGAAAGCAAAAAUAAUACGUUUAUGAAAGGGGUGAUGCACUGGGAUUAUAAGGAAGGCUGUAUUUUUUCACAGUAAAGAAAUGGCUUAUUUCACAGUCUAAAAAUGUCAAGAUAUUUCACGAUAACAUUUAUAAAGCAGAAAAAUAUGCAUUGUCACAUUCAAAAUUGCUCAUUUUUUGUUGAAAUGCUUACAUGAAAAACAGUACCUGCUAAAUUGUAGAAUAUUUCAAUUUUUAUGUCCCCUUCUUGUAUUGGACAGAGUGAUCUUUAGCAGAAAUAUUUCCGAUUUUUGAGGCAGCUGGAGUCUUUUUGGUUGAAGACAUUUUAAAGAAAUCAUGCAGCUCUCUGCAGUAUGUGUUCAGUCAUUUACUGGAAGCAAACUAAACCAGCUGCCAGGUUCCUAAAUGCAGUGUAACAGGCAGUGCGUCAAGAAGGCAAACGUUUUCUGUAUUUAUUUUUAACUGAUAAAACAACAUGGGAAUUUUCAUGGGGGUCAACAUAUUACAUAAUGACCAAUGGGUACAUUUCACAGAAAUCGUGAAAUCCGUUAUAAUCGUGACAGAAAAUACAGCCUUACUUAAAAUGCAUCCAAAUCAGAUUUUUCAAACGUUUCUGUUUUGAUUAUUUGAUGGAUAAAAUAAUCGGUUCAAAAGGUGGAUCUGGAACUUUUCCUUUUCCUCGUAAACCAUGGAGGGGGUGCUUACACAGGGUCCUGCUGCUUGAGUAAGCGUGUUCCAUUGGGAAUGGGUUAUAGCUGGGGCAGGGCAAUGCUUUAAAAGUGUCCUCUUGUCAAAACAUUUACAAAUUCUCCUCUUUUGCUUUGUGUCAUCGUGUGUUGGUUAGAUCUGUAGAUCUACAACUGCCUUUUUCUCUGGACACAAGCUGCCAAUUUACCAGCCACGGCCCGCCCUGCACCUCUCCAAUCAGAAUCUGUGAAAACGGUUCUGUGGGCGGGAGCAUUGACACAUUGCUGCUCCCAGCCAAUGGGGAAGCAUUACCGAUCAGGGCAUUUUAUGUAUUUAAGAAAGAGUUACCUUAACAAGCUCUUGGGGUGUGAACUGGUUUAGUAAACACAGUGAAAAUGCAUGAUUGUGUGGGACAGCGGGAUAUUACAUUUACACGAGUAAAACAAUCAGCUGUCUGAGCUCCCAGAACGAGUCGCCCUAUUCCAUUAGAAGAGAAGAGGGCACUUUCAUCAGUCCGUCGUGUCAUUCAUCUAGAACACAGCAAUGUUGCUGAAUCAAGUUGCAUUAUAGCUGAGUCUUUUGUUGAUUUUAUCUUUUCUUUUUUUAAAGCUGGUUUGUUAAGCAGGGUGUAAAUGUUCUGGAAGUAAUCUCUACGCUUGGUUUUCUAAAACAUCGAUAUCGUUUCUUUGGCAGCUUGAAUCCAGGCAAAACAUGGCUAAUUCUUUAAAUAUAUUAUCGUCCGAAAUGUUUUGUAAAGUUUUGAUGAUGAAAAAUAAAACAAAAAUAAAAAAAUAAAUAAAGGU